AUGAAUCUAGUUUCAGACUUAAAAUCUGGUGUUAACCUUUGUUCAACAUUACUAAGAUCGUUAAAAACUCAUCCAGUAGAAGAAGUUAAAGAUCAUGGUUACUGGACAGAUAUGUCAAGAUCUCUUGCAGCAUGCCAAGGAACCAUACUUUUAAUUGAUGCCACACAAGGAAUACAAGCUCAAACUGUUGCAAAUUUUUACUUGGCUUUUGAUCAAGGAUUGACAAUAAUACCUAUUGAUCUUCAAGCAGCAAAUGUUGAUAGAGUUAUCAAACAAAUUAAUAGCACAUUCAAAUUAAACACUUCAGAGAUUUUAUUGACUUCUGCAAAAUCGGGAUUAAAUGUUGAUAAACUAUUGCCAAAAGUAAUUGAACAAGUACCACAACCAAGUGGUGAUAUAAAUAAGCCAUUGAAAGCAUUUUUAUUUGAUUCAUGGUAUGAUACUUAUGUUGGAGUUAUUUCUCUCAUGUCGAUUGUUGAUGGAAGGUUACAAAAAGGUGAUAGAAUAGUUUCAGCUUAUUCAAAUAAUAAAUAUGAAGUUUUGGAUAUUGGAAUCAUGUAUCCUGAACAAGUUUCCACUGAUUAUUUGCAUUCUGGACAGGUUGGAUAUGUUAUAUGUGGUAUGAAGGCUGCUAGUGAAGCUCACAUUGGUGAUACAUUUUAUCAUGAUAAAAUUCCUGUAGAUCCAUUGCCUGGAUUUGAACCUGCAAAACCAAUGGUUUUUGCAGGUAUAUUUCCUGUAGAUACUAAUGAAUUCAAUAAAUUAGACGAGUCUAUAACAAAAUUGACUAUUAAUGAUGCGAGCGUUUCUAUUCAAAAAGAAACAAGUAUGGCUUUAGGACAAGGCUGGAGAAUAGGAUUUUUGGGUACAUUACACAUGGAUGUAUUUAGACAAAGACUAGAAGAAGAAUAUGGUGCAAAUAUAAUAAUAACCCAACCAACUGUACCUUUUAAAGUUGUUUAUAAAGAUGGGAAAGAGAGUUUUGUUCAGAAUCCAACGGAAUUUCCUGAUUCUGUAGAUUUACAAUAUAAGAUUUUAGAAUUUCAAGAGCCAAUGGUUUUAGCAACAAUUAUAUUACCAGAAACAAAAAGAGGUGAACAACAAGAAUAUAAUUAUCUUGAUGAGUCCCGUGUGAUGAUGAAAUAUGAAAUUCCACUUGCAGAAAUUGUAAUAGAUUUUCAUGAUGAAUUGAAAUCAAGAUCAAGUGGUUAUGCAAGUUUUGAUUAUGAAGAUAUGGGAUAUCAGAAAUCCGAUAUUGUUAAGAUGGAUGUCUUGCUUAAUAAAAAACCGGUGGAUGCAUUAGCAGCAAUUAUGCAUAGAUCGCAAGUUAAUCGUGUUGGUAAAGAAUGGACAAAAAAAUUGGCCGAUUAUGGUGGAGAUGUUACAAGGAAAAUGAAAUUAAUUGAAAAGCAAAAAGAAGGCAAAAAGAGGAUGAAAAUGGUUGGGAAUAUUGAGUUACCUCAAAGUGCAUUUUAUGAUUUUUUAUCUAAAGGUCAAAAGUCAACAUCAAAAUCAAAAAAAUAA